CUAAGCUCUUAAAAUUGUUCAUAAUUUUGAACAUUAUUAUUUGUACAGUGCACGCACAUGGAAAAAGAAUUUCUCAAGAAGAAGGAGAAGAUACUGGGAUACUUGCACAACUCGAAAUCUUGAAUAAACCACCUAUCAAAUCGAUUAAGAUGGGUGACGGUGAAGUCUUCGACUGCGUUGAUGAGAAUAAACAACCGGCCUUCGACCAUCCUUUACUUAAAAAUCAUAAAAUUCGGUCGAGACCUACCUCUUCUCCAUUACGUGCAAGCAAUGGAACAUUCUCGUCAUCUUCAUCGGCUACUCAAUCUCCAAAGAUGGUUAAUUUGAGACGUGUGAAAUGCCCAGAAGGAACAGUUCCCAUCCGAAGAACCAGCAAGGAGGAUUUAAUUAGAAUUAAAGCUUUCAUGGAAUCAUCUGAGCUAGUAAGCCCUAUUGUUCAUCCGAAUGAUGAUUAUGAAGUAAAAGAGCCCCCGGGACGACACAUAGCAGCAUACCACUCCCUUCCGGCAACUGAGCCAGAUCAACAUCUAGAAUUUCAUGGAAUCCAGGCCAUGAUGACGGUAGAGAAUCCGUCUGUCGGACCUACUCAACGUAGCGUAUCUUUGGUGUGGCUUGAAUCUGGACCCAACGAUAGUCGUAAUGCGCUUCAAGCCGGAUGGAUGGUGUCACCACAAGUAUUCGGAGAUAAUAAGACACAUAUUUCCGUAUUAUGGGUUUCAUCAACAAGUGGAUGUUACAAUAUCCAAUGCACGGGCUUUGUGCAAAAACACAGAGACUAUUAUGUCGGGCAAGUUAUAGAACACACGUCACAAUACGAUGGGGCGCAGUACGCUAUGGGAGCUUACAUCCACCAGGAUGCUGGAACUGGGGACUGGUGGUUCACUAUUUACGGAGGCAAAAUGAACGCAGACAUUGGAUAUUGGCCCAGAGAGGUGGUUCCUCAUCUUGGUGCCGGUGCUGAUUUAAUGGUAUGGGGAGGGUUAGUUUACAACCACCCACAUGAAACAAGCCCACCCAUGGGAAAUGGACAUUUUCCGGAUGGCAACCCAAAAACGGUUGCAGUAAUGUAUGACAUGCAUUACCUGGAUGGAAACUAUGCAAGUGCAGUGCCGGUUAUAUGGAGUGAUUUCGGAAGACGACAAGACAAUGAUAAUUGCUACACCAUAACCCGCAACGACUUUGAUGAAACUUAUAGGUAUAACAUAUUCUUUGGAGGACCUGGAGGAAAUUGUGACUAAGAUCACAAAAAGUCUCAACAGACCACGCUAAGAUUACAACUACUGUAAUUUUUUCUGUCGGACAAAUUUUAUUAUUUUUAUUGAUAUUCUUAAGUAAUAAGUUGAUAUUCUUAAUUUUAAGUAAUGAUCUACGACUUAUAUAUAAAUCUAGCUAGAUGUUGUGUUAGCUAUUGAAUUUGUGCAAGUUAU